AUGAUAUCUUCGCUUAUUGGCAGAAUGGUUCAGUUUAUAACAUUAGUUUUGGUCUUGCUAACAGCAUCUGCUGUAAAUGCUGCUACUUCAAGAAUCAGUCUUGCAUCGACCGUUAUUUUUGAUGUGAUGAGAUAUGGUGCUAAAGGAAACGGGAAAACCGAUGACUCGCAGGCUUUUAUGAAAGCAUGGACGGCGGCAUGCCAGUCGAAACCAAAUGCUAAGAGUAUAGUAAAUAUACCGGGAGGGAGAACGUAUUUGUUGAAGCCAGUUGCUUUCACCGGUCCAUGCAAGCCCUCCAAAAUGUUCGUCCAGGUGUCAGGAAACAUUGUUGGUUCACCAAGAAAAGGCGAUUGGAUGAGUAAUCAUGCUGAUUCAUGGCUCCAAUUUUCAAAUGUGAAUGGUCUUACAGUGAAUGGGAAGGGCCGUAUAGAUGGUCUAGGUCCUAUGUGGUGGAAAAAUCCAUGCAUUAGUCCUCCACCACCAGGUGUAACUUGUCAUGCACCAGUGGAAGUACAGUUUAAAAGAUGCCAUGGCAUGCGGCUCAAUGGUUUAACACUUGUAAACAGCCCACGAGUCCAUCUCCUACUAACUACCUGUAAUGGUGCCAUUGUAUCUAAUAUACAUAUAAUCUCCCCUGAAACAAGCCCCAAUACUGAUGGAAUUAAUAUUGCGGGUUCCACCAAUGUUAAUGUACGUGACUCCGUUAUUGCAGCAGGGGACGAUUGUAUUGCUAUUAGUGGAGGUUCUUCGAAUAUCAAAAUCAGCGGUAUCAUGUGUGGACCAGGCCAUGGUAUCAGCAUUGGAUCCUUGGGACAUGGUGGAACUGAUAUCGUGGAAAAUGUAGAUGUACGCAAUUGUACCAUGAGAAAAACCCUAGCCGGAGUGAGGAUAAAAACUUAUCAGGGAGGAGUUGGUUAUGCAAAAAAAAUCUCUUUUACAGGAAUCAAAUUUGAUGCAGUUUAUAACCCUAUCAUAAUCGACCAGUACUACUGUCCCACUAAACAAGACUGCCUAAGCUCUGCAACAACUGUGAAGUUGAGUGACAUAACAUUUAGAGGAAUAUCAGGGACAUCAAACAUGGAAAACGUAAUAAAUUUAAGUUGCAGUAAAACUGUUGCAUGCACGAAUAUUGUGGUGGAUAGAGUGUAUAUCAAGUCAGCAAUUCCAGGAAGAAAGGUUUAUGGUAGUUGUAUCAAUGCCCAUGGAAGAGCUACACAUGUUAAGCCUUAUUUAAAUUGCCUAAAGCCUUAAACUGAUUAUGCUUAAUAGUUUUUUUUUUCUUUUAAAGGUUGUCUUAUGUUUAUGCUUAAUUUAAUCGAUUGUAAUAAAGUAUGAGUUAAUUCCAUUCAUGUUUUAUAUUCA